AUGAAUCAUACCUCUCAUCAUUUUCAAGAAUUCAGAAUGUCAAGUACCAGCGUCGAGAAUCUAGAUGUACAGGAAUAUGAUGGUUCUGGUAAUAUGUGCUUGGAACUUGCACUGGAAGGUGAACGUCUUUGUAAAGCUGGAGAUUGCAAAGCAGGAGUGGCAUUUUUUCAAGCUGCCAUUCAAGCUGGUACUGAUGACUUGAGAACAUUGAGUGCAAUAUAUAGCCAGCUAGGCAAUGCUUACUUUUAUUUGGGUGACUAUGGAAAAGCCAUGCAGUAUCACAAACAUGAUUUAACUCUUGCUAGAACAAUGGGAGAUAAAUUAGGUGAGGCCAAAUCUUCAGGAAAUUUGGGAAAUACUCUGAAAGUGAUGGGACGCUUCGAUGAAGCAGUGGUUUGUUGCAAACGCCAUUUGGAAUUAUCCAGAGAACUUGGAGAUAAAUUGAGUGAGGGACGAGCUCUCUAUAAUCUAGGAAAUGUCUAUCAUGCCAAAGGAAAACAUAUUGGGAGAGUAGGCCAUAAAGACCCUGGAGAAUUUUCAGAUGACGUGAAGAGUUGUCUUCAGCAAGCAGUGACAUUUUAUGAAGAAAAUCUGGCUCUCAUGCAAGACCUGACCGAUGUUGCUGCACAAGGUAGAGCUUGCGGUAACUUAGGCAACACAUACUACCUCCUUGGUGAUUUCACACAAGCCAUUCACUACCAUGAAGAGAGGUUAUCGAUAGCCAGGCAGUUCGGGGACAAGGCUGCUGAAAGACGGGCUCAUAGUAACUUGGGAAAUUCACAUAUCUUCAUGGGACAAUUUGAAGAGGCUGCUCAUCAUUACAAGCGUACCUUAGCUCUCGCCCAAGAACUAGGUGACCAGGCCAUUGAGGCACAGGCAUGUUACAGCCUGGGCAAUACAUAUACACUUUUGAGGAAUUAUGAAGCUGCAAUAGAAUACCACCUGAGGCAUUUGCGCAUUGCACAAACUCUCUCCGAUAGGGUGGGCGAAGGAAGAGCAUGUUGGUCAUUAGGGAAUGCCCAUGCUUCCUUGGGAAAUCAUGAAAAGGCUUUAGCAUAUGCCAAGAGUCACUUGGAGAUUAGUAUGGAGCUAUGCGACUCCAUGGGCGAAGCCACUGCCAAGAUGAACAUCUCUGAUUUGAAAAAAAUACUCGACAUACCUGAAAGUCCGAAUGAUAACUCGGAUUCAUCUAAGUCAACAUCCAAGUCUGAUUCGAUGAAUAAUGUAUGUCAUGAACAUUUACAUAGGGUUAGACGCGAAAGCAUGGAACAGCUUAGUCUUAUAAAGCUAACACCAGAUGGCAAACGACCAGGUCUAUCCCUCUUUCAACAAAAGUCUUCCCAGAAACCUGAAGAAGAAGAUUCAUUCUUUGAUCUGCUCUCUCGCUUCCAAUCCAAGAGGAUGGACGAUCAACGGUGUUCAUUGACAGUCGAUAAUAAUAAGGAAAAUAGGAAUGUUGUUAAUAUACCCUACAACAAUGAAGGACCUGACGAUCUAAUUGAUAUGAUUGCGGGGAUGCAGAGCAAACGGAUGGACGAACAAAGAGUUUCCUUACCACAUUUACCAGGUCUUCAAGCGACCUCCGUCCGCCGCCCCGCCAACGACAGCGUCCCGGACGACGACUUCCUCGACCGGUUGGUGCGCUGCCAAGAGUCGCGGCUCGACGACCAGCGGUCGCCGCUGCCGCCGCCGCCGGGAGGCGUCGACGCGGAGGCCGAUCCGCCCCCGGUGGCCGCGGCCCAGUUGGGCGCGGGGGAGAGUGGCGCGCGGGCUCGGAGCGGCGCCACCGUGCCUGACGAGGACUUUUUCUCGCUCAUCGUGCGCUUCCAAUCGGGCAGGAUGGACGACCAGCGGGCGGCGGUGCCGAGGGUAGAGGCGAGAAUCGCAAAUGGAACCGUCCCACAUCCACCUGAUUGUCUCAACAAUAAUGAGAAAAUUACUUCAAGUAAAAAAAAGAAAUGAAAUUUAUCGGAAGGACUGUUAUUCUACAUCAAGAUUGAAUGAACUGCAAUAA